CUUUCGCCGUUAAAAUGGAGAGAAAGCGCGCACUGAAAAAACGUCAUGUGGUACCAUGGAGCAACAAAGCUGAGUGGGAUCAGGUUCAGGAGUAUCUUUACUCCAAGGAUUCCGCCUUACAGAGGUAUGCAGUGCAGAGGAUAUCAGCUUGGAAAGCCAGGUAUGCCAAUAGUACCCUUGUGGCAGUGGACAGCACAGCGGACCUGGUGAGGUGCCAGGUGCUGGACCGGUCAGGGCAGCUGGAUGGAGAUGAUCUGGUGCUGCUUUAUGGAGCCGCCCUAGUGAGGUCUGUCAAUUUGAUCAUUGAGCGACAACGGGGGAAAACAACCCAACCACUGAGGCGGCUGGCUAGGAAUCUGAACAUCCCAGAGUGGGUUGUAGACCUGAGGCAUGAUUUUAGUCACAGGAAGCUCCCAACUUUAAAAUGGUGUCGAAAAGGAUGUGAAGUUCUUCUGGACUGGCUCCAGAAGGAAUACUGGUCCAGGCAGUUGGGAGGAGGGUCUAAUGAGGACUGGGACGCUCAGUCAGAUGGAGAGGAGGAGGAAGAGAUUGACCUGAAACGCCAAGAGGAUGAGCUUAUUGCAAGGCAAAAAGAAAUGGAAGCCUACAAGAAUGCACGAGAACUUCUCAUAUCAUUUGAAAAGGAGCAGUACCAAGCUUUUGAUGGGCCUCCUGAAGACAAAGAGAAGAACUUGUGGCCUUCCCCCUUUGCAGACAUGAGCUGGUUAUUAGGUGAGAUCAAGCAGUUUGCCUCAGAGUCAAGUGAUUUGCUGAUUGAUGUGCUGUUGGAGGAUGGGUUUCUGGUUCCUACUGUUGAACAACUGGACGCAUUAGGCUGUGACACAUCUGUCAACACCAGUUCCACUGAACCCAAACUUCCUCAAACCUUCCUGCGUUUUUGGCUGCCCCUCCUGAAGUUGCUCAACUCACCAUUGUUUAUUCAUCACCUUCUGGAGAAGCUCUUUGUUGAGCUGAAGCUGCUCACCAAAGACACAAAUAAUCACAGGGCUUUCUACCUUUCUGCUUGGAUUUCAGAAGUCAUCCUCUGUAACAACAACAAAUUUGAAUACCAUUUUGAAACAAAAGCACAGAAGAAAGCUAGAAUGAAAGGCAGGAUUUUUGUAAACCGCAUCCAGCUGAGGUGGCAGCAGCUACUGUCAGCAUGCCUGGAUGCUCCCUGUGUCACCACGCCUCACUUGCUCCAGUUAAUCCUGAAUGACAUGGAGCAUCCUCUCCCUGGUGAAACCCAACAGAAACUGCUCCAGCUCUGCUCCAUCUACACUCAGACCUCACACUCUGUCUCUGGACCUUCUCAGGAGCAAAAUCAACAGCCCAUAUAUACGCUGGAGAGUUUGCUUGAGAAGCGGAAGCAUUCACCGUGCCACAGCCAUCAUUGGCACUCCACAGCUGACCAAGAGAGGAACAAGUCCUCCCAGGAUUACAACUGGGCAGAUGUUCAGGCUGAAAAAGCUCAGCAGCUCAAAGGUUCUCCAUGGCAGGUGUGUGCUGAUAAAGUUUUGUGGGAGAAUUAUCCUCUUGGUAAAGUCCCUGGCCAGUCUGAUGACCCUUCAUACUUCAUGGUGGAACACUACUCAACAAUGACUGUCUCUGACCAGCCGGUGGAGACAGAGGGCAACACAAUACACAACAUCCCAGGAGCCUCAGCACCAGUGAGAACGGCUGAAGGCCUUAUUUGGGACCAAAGUUAUGUUAACAAGCUGAAAUCUGGACUGAAACUUUUUUGAGUCAGGAGCUAAUACUCUGAAAUAUUAGCCUUUAACUGCUGGCCUAUGGCUGAACCUGUGAUCUCUGAUGUUUUGACACAAAAAAGACACAAAAUGGUCAAAUAUAUAGAAACUUGAAUGUUAAACACAGUUUAUUGUUGGAGUAAAAUAACAACCUGAUUAAUAAAAUGUCAGAAACUAAUGAAAAAUGUUGAUUAUAACUUCCCAGAGGCCAAAGUGACAUCUUCAAAACCCAUUUUUUUCACAUGUUUUAUAAACCAAACAUUUUGUCAGUUAAUUAAGAAACAAUAACAAAUCGGCACAUUAAUUUUGUUGAAAAUAAGUGUUUGAGCCUUAAUGUAAAGCCAUCAUAAUGUACACUGUACAUUGUUUUUAAUAUGUGGCUAAGAUAAAAGUGGCUCUAGUGCAGACUUUUAACACAUCCUGUGAAACAUAUGUUGCAGAUGGCAAGACUGUGAGAUAGGAGUGUGAUAUGAUUAAUUUGUUCUGAUGUAGCCUACAGUUAGAGUUGUCAUGUAAGUCAUCUUGCACUGCUAAUACAGUUGUGAAAACCCUGGCAGAGGGGAUAUUGUUAUAAGCACUAGGAUGGUUUUGUGUGAUACAUUUUUAUUUGCUCACAUAUGUUCAAUAAAACCUUUUCUCCACUCAAAGAAUAUGAUUGUGUUUUUUCAGUGUAAUAAUUCUAAAGCUGAAUUGUAGCAUUGGUUUUGAAAGGGUGCCAAUUUUAGCUGAAAUAUAUCAUCGAUCCUGGUAAUAUGCUUAUAUGUAUUGUUAAAGGGAGACAGCAAACAGCAGCAUGAGGACAAGAAUUAAAUGUCAGUACAAUAAAAAAAAUCUAAGCACAAAUUACAGUUUAAUAUGAGAGAUAGUGAUCUGUAACAAAGCAGCCUGAAAAAUAACCUGAG